AUGCUCCCUGAGGCUGUCUGGGGUGAAGGUGACAGGUCGGGAAGGCAGGUGGAGAAUCGGGCCGGUGAGCUCAUAGCAAAGGCGCCCAGCCGGGCGGGGGUGGGUGCUCUGUCCUAUAAAGCCCCCACAGGUUUGCAGCACUCAGAGGCCGCUGGAGACGGCACCAUGGCGGACUCCGAGGCAGUGCAGAGGGCUACAGCGCUCAUUGAGCAGCGGCUGGCACAGGAGGAAGAGAGUGAGAAGCUCCGAGGCGCUGCCCACCAGAAGCCGUCUAUGCACACGCUGGUGUUAGAGGAUGAGAAGCACCAGGGGGCUCAGAAUCUGGCUUUACAGAAGGUCAAGGGCCAAGAGCGAGUGCGCAAGACGUCCCUGGACCUACGGCGGGAGAUUAUUGACGUGGGCGGUAUCCAGAAUCUCAUCGAGCUGCGGAAAAAGCGGAAGCAGAAGAAGCGGGAAGCCCUGGCCGGCCCCCAGGAGCCGCCCCCGGAGCCCCCGGAGAUUACUGGCCCCGUGGAUGAGGAGACAUUCCUGAAAGCAGCAGUGGAGGGGAACAUGAAGGUCAUUGAGAAGUUCCUGGCCGAUGGGGGUUCACCUGACACCUGCGACCAGUUCCACCGGACAGCACUGCACAGAGCCUCCCUGGAAGGGCACAUGGAAAUCCUGGAGAAGCUUCUGGAUAGUGGGGCCACUGUGGACUUCCAGGACCGGCUGGACUGCACAGCCAUGCAUUGGGCCUGUCGUGGGGGCCACUUGGAGGUAGUGAAACUCCUGCAAAGCCGGGGAGCAAACACCAAUGUGAGGGAUAAGCUGCUGAGCACCCCCCUACAUGUGGCGGUCCGGACAGGACAUGUGGAGGUUGUGGGACACUUUCUAUCCCUGGGCCUGGACAUCAAUGCCAGAGACAGAGAAGGGGACACUGCCCUACAUGACGCUGUGAGGCUCAACCGCUACAGAAUCAUCAAACUGCUGCUCCUGCAUGGGGCUGACAUGAUGACCAAGAACCUGGCAGGAAAGACCCCCACAGACCUGGUGCAGCUGUGGCAGGCUGACACACGGAACGCCCUGGAGCACCCUGAGCAGGGACUGGAGCAGAACGGACUGGAGGGUCCUGCUGAGAGUGGGAGGGAGACCCCCCAGCCUGUGCCAGCCCAGUAAAUGGCUGUUCCUGCCCCCCC